GCCAUGUUUUGAUAUAUGGGCUUAAAAAACCUUGUAAAAUUUCCCAGAGCAGAAUUUGUCUGGAAAUUCGUUAACUCAUCUCAUAACUCAUCCAUCAUGAGGUGGCCGGCGCCGCCGCGGCCUACCACCAAAAACGCCGGCUUAGGCGUCGCCGCCAUUUCCUACAUAGCCAUCGACUACCUCCGCCAUGUCUCCCCGGCGUGGCACUCACGCCUUAUGCCCGUGCUCUGGAUCUUUCUCGCCCUCGCCGCCCUCGCUCGCGUCCCCUACUACCGCCAUUGGUCCGAGGAGUUUCGCUCGUUGAUUCCGUUCGUCGCGUCAAUAGUGUUCAUGCUUGCCGCUUUACUCUACGAGGCAAUUUCGGUUCGCUCCGUCACCGCCGUCCUCGGCCUCCAGUGGCACCGCAAUCAACCUCCUCUUCCAGAUUCUGGUCAAUGGAUUCUCCUGGCAUUGAAUGAGAAACUCCCUAGUGCAAUUGUUGCGUUACUAAGAGCUCCUAUUAUUGGAUUGCACCAUUACUUGAUGUUGUUUAUAAUGUUGGCUUUCUCUGUUCUAUGUGACUCUGUAAAGGCCCCAGGCUUUGGACUAGGUGCUAGAUACAUGUUUACCAUGGCAAUUGGUCGUCUUCUUCGUGCCAUCAGUUUUGCAUCUACAAUUUUCCCAUCACCGCGUCCCUGGUGUGCUGAUGGUCGGUUCAGAGUUCCAGCUCAUCCCCAUCCCUGGCUUCAGAAAUAUUAUAUUCCCUAUCAGUCAGAUCAUAUUGCUAUCCGCCAGGUGAUAAGGCUAGAUGAAGCUUAUGUUGACAUUGGAAAACCAGUUGAUGAAUACCGGCCAAAUUGGGGUGCAAUGAGCUUCCUGAUUGAUUUCCUACGACCCACUGCCUCUGAAGGACCAACAUGGUACAGUCUUUUAAAGAAAGCUGAAGGUGGCUGCAAUGACCUCAUAUACAGUGGCCACAUGCUUGUAGCCGUACUGACAGCCAUGGCUUGGACUGAAGCAUAUGGAGGGUACAGUUCAGCUCUUGUAUGGCUUCUUGUAGCGCAUAGUGCCCAAAGAGAAGUACGAGAACGCCAUCAUUACAGUGUGGACUGUGUUGUAGCCAUCUAUGUAGGGAUCCUCCUGUGGAAGAUGACAGGUUUCCUCUGGUCAAAUACAGUUACAUACAGUGACAGGAGGCUGGCCAAGCUUAAGAAGAUUGAAGGUAGACUAAUCCAAGCUUCAAAGGACUCAAACAUGGAUAAAGUGAGGGAGCUUCUCAAACAGCUCGAGUCGAGCGAUGAAGAGAGCACUUUUAGCAAGGGUAGGGCAAAUAAAUAUGGACGGUGGUUUCCUUUUGCCGUCAUUGGCUUUGCACUUGCCGUUGUCCUUCUGGCUUUCACAUUGACAAGCGAUGGGUGAUCCUCUUACCACGACCUAAACAAUUUAUUAUUUAUAGUGUCCCGUUUUGUUUCAAAUUUGUAAGCAUUUUUUUAUGUAUCAUGUUCUUUUUGUCUGCGGCAGUUUUUGAGCCAUUUAACUGCACUUAUGUACCUUAAUCGUCAUGAGGUUGACAGUGAGUCAAUGAGGGCUUCUUGUGCUGAUGAGUGUUGGGUUCCUAACAUUUUCACCACGGCCAAUUCUCAUCUCCUUGUAUCACUAUUGUAAGUUCUUCUGUAUGAAUAUAGAUCAGGAUUACCGAACUUAUCCCAGUUCAUUGGGAUUCAUCACUCUGUAUUUUGUUUUAGAUGGUGGCAAAGUUUUUUCUGCAAGGAAGUGCUCUCUUU